AUGGUGGGUGUAUGGCAGCGGUUUUGUCAGAGGGGCCAGGAGAGUGCUGGAAUUGUGACAAGUGAUGGAGAGUCAUCCCAGGCAUUCAAAGUCCACAAGGGAAUGGGGCUUAUAAAUCAUGUCUUCAAUGCAGACAGCCUGAAGAAGUUGUACGUUUCAAACCUCGGUAUUGGCCACACAAGAUACUCCACCUCAGGAAUUUCUGAGCUGCAGAACUGCCAGCCUUUUGUGGUAGAGACUCUUCAUGGGAAGAUCGCUGUGGCACACAAUGGGGAGCUAACAAAUGCUGUACGACUCAGGAGAAAGCUUAUGCGGCAUGGUGUAGGACUGUCGACCAGUUCUGACAGUGAACUGAUCACCCAGCUGCUGGCUUUCACACCUCCUCUAGAAAAUGAUGAUACAGCCGACUGGGUAGCAAGAAUAAAAAAUUUAAUGAAUGAAACUCCAACUUCAUAUUCAUUGCUAAUUAUGCAUAAAGACAUAAUCUAUGCAGUACGUGAUCCGUACGGGAAUCGCCCACUCUGCAUUGGUCGCCUUAUUCCAGUAGGGGACAUGAAUGGAAAAGGAAAAGAUAACAGUGAAACAGAAGGAUGGGUAGUCUCUUCUGAGUCCUGUAGCUUUUUGUCUAUCGGUGCAGAGUACUAUCGUGAGGUCCUUCCCGGAGAGAUUGUGAAAAUAUCCAGAUACGAUGUCCAGACACUAGAUGUGGUACCAAGACCUGAAGGAGAUCCGUCAGCAUUCUGCAUCUUUGAAUAUGUUUAUUUUGCAAGACCAGACAGUAUUUUUGAAGGUCAGAUGGUGUAUUCAGUCAGGAGAAGAUGCGGGCAGCAGCUUGCUAUUGAAGCACCCGUGGAAGCAGACCUGGUCAGCACUGUUCCAGAGUCUGCAACCCCAGCAGCUCUUGGUUAUGCUCAAAAGUGUGGACUACCAUAUGUUGAAGUACUCUGUAAAAACCGAUAUGUAGGAAGAACGUUUAUCCAGCCAAAUAUGAGGUUACGACAACUUGGUGUUGCAAAAAAGUUUGGCGUUCUGUCUGAUAAUUUUAAAGGCAAGCGAGUUGUUAUCAUUGAUGAUUCAAUUGUGAGGGGCAAUACCAUUUCGCCCAUAAUAAAACUACUGAGAGAAUCAGGAGCCAAAGAGGUGCACAUCCGUGUGGCUUCACCUCCCAUAAGAUUUCCUUGUUACAUGGGAAUAAACAUUCCAACAAAAGAAGAACUCAUUGCCAACAGACCUGAAUUUCAUGAUCUUGCAAACUAUAUAGGAGCAGACAGUGUCGUUUAUCUUUCUGUGGAAGGGCUGGUAUCGUCCGUGCAAGAAAGCAUCAAAGCAAGACAAGAGAAUGAGAACAGCCUUAAAACCCAGAAGUCGCGUGUUGGAAAGAUUGGUCACUGCACAGCGUGUCUCACUGGAGAGUAUCCCGUAGAGCUGGAAUGGUGAAUUGUUAGUGGAUGGACAUCAGUUCAUCUGUUGUUGAAUGUAGCUUUUUCAAAGAUGCCUUCUUGCUAAUAGUCUUCUUACCUUUAGGUAAUAUGGAAAGCUUAUUACAGCUAACUAAUUACUGUUACUAAAACACACCUUUACAAUAAAGACUUACAGAAAGUCUGAUGUGCUGACGAAAACAAUGUAAACAGAUUAAAAUCACAUAGUUUUGAUGCACAGCUGUGCCUUCUAUUUUCUCAUAAAAUAUUGUAAAAACCAAAGCUUUUCUGAUUGUGUAGAAGUCCCAGAGUUUUUUGUUUUUGUCUUGCCCUGAAAUAUAUCCCUAUUAGACCUGUUCAUAAAUUGUGAAUUAUGUAGUAUAAUUUCAAAUUAUCAAAGUCUUAAUGCAAAAGUAUGUGACGUUGGCUUUUCUUCUUAGGAAAAAUAUUAGAUUCUGAAGAAUCAAGUGGUUUCCUCAGCAGUUCUUUCUUAGGCUUUUUACAAAUAGAAGUAUCUAACUUUUGCAUAUAUAGCCUUUAUUAAUUAACCCCUUUGUAACAGAUUCUAUGAACAUAAUGUCUAGCAUAUGAUUUUAAAAAAUGAACUCAGGGAAAUGCUCAGCCAAAAGCUCUCUAGUUCUGUAAGUUAAAAAAAAUAUUUUUGAAGUCCAGUGUAAUUACAUUAUGUUAUUUUAUCAGUUGCCAAUAGGAUGUGGAAGGAGAAAAAAUACUUGGCACUGCCAUUUUUUCUCUGUUUUACAUGUUUUCUCCAGGAUAAGUCCCAACAAUUUCUGAAGUCUGAGCUAAUGCUCAGUGUGCUUUUCGUAUGUCAACAUUCAAAGUAAACUGAAAAAUAAACUCAUUUUUGAUUUUUAACAGUAAAAAUGAUAUAUCAACUGAAGAUUAUAAGUUGUUUUGGGUAUAGUCUUAUUUUACUAUAUUACUGCUGUUACAAUAAAUGUAAUGUUUUUAAAAAGAGUUCUGAAGAACCAUUAGCUAUUCAAUGCACUGUAUUUUUUAAUUGGUUACAAUUACAUGAUUACUUGUAUAAUGAACCACUAGCUGAAAAUGGAAAUGCACCUUCGAAAACUAUUGCAAAUUUAUGCACAAUUGUAAAAAUAUUUUGUAUACCUCAGUUUUUUUCACUGAAUACCAGCAAUUUAAUUUUACAUUUUCUAUUUAAUAUUGUGUAUUUUGGCCUUAUAAUAGUUUGUGACACUGUUAAAAAAAAAAAAAAAAAGUUUAAGAGCUUCUUCCUUCCACAUAGUUGAGAAUUAACAGCACUGGUGAUUAAACUCAAAAGGGAGCUUUCUUUUGUGGGAUUUUUAGCAAUUGUGCCUGAUAGACAAUCACAACACAAAAGUCCCAAUUCAAGAGAGCAUGUACAUACAUUUAAUGAGGUCAUGACUGCCUCAUGCAGGGGAAUCAAAACCUACUUGCAGUGAAGCCUAUGGGAGAAUCUAGAUUUUCAUAAGCAUUGGGCUCUUACUGUGUGUUCUUCACCAAAGCCCAGAUCUGCAUAUUGGGGGAUUUAUGUGGAUCUUUUCUGUCUAAUUAGCAAGUCUGUUUUUUUAACAGAACCAUUAACAGUUCAUCUGGUCAGUAAACUGAGCAAGAAAAGAGCAGGGGUGGAGUACCUCUGACCAUUCCCUCUUGCAGAUUAACCAAGGAGUGUGAGAAAACAGAAAAACUGUCAUUAAUAUUUUUCACCUCUUUUUUCCUGCCCUCGAAAAAAACUUUUUGAAAGAAGGGAUAAAUCGAGCUCAUUACAGAUACGUGUGAGGAGCCCUUUCUACUUGAGAUAAAAAACUUAGGUGCACAGUUUAACAAGGCUGCAAGCAGAAGUCUAUUGAUUUAUCUGAAAUUUUCAGUAGAAGAUUGUAAAUGGAAAUUGUGCAAAUACUCUUUUAAUGUGUUUUCAACAAAACUGGUGUUUUUGAAGUCUGGUGAUAAUCGCUUAAAUGUAAUUUGAGCAUUAGGUGGCAUAAUUCUGAUUUCAAUAAAGUGAGUCCUAAUGCCUUUUUUCCCCUCCAUGUUAUGCAUGUGAAAUUACAAGGUCUGCUACUGUAUGCACUGUAAUUUUUAGAUACACUACAUGACUAAUCGUUAGUACCUGUUUUUCAAAACUUUAAGCUAAAGGGGAAAACUUUUCAAGUGUCAUUUUGUUCUCCAGCAACUGGAUUUAUGCUUCAGAUUACCAGGCCUUUUAUCACGCACAGCAGACACACAUGCAACGAGUAUAAUGAGAGACAACACUCUGGGUUUAGGUGUAGCUACUUGUGUUAUUUUAAUGCUUUACUGUGAAACUGUUUCUGCUGUAUUAUCAACGUGCAACUGUGCCAUAUUAUCGUUUACAAAAUGUGUCAAAACAGUAGAAAGCUAAUGUCUAACUUUUCCCAUGCGUAAUAUUAAAAAACGGUUAUGAACUGG